CUCCGCAAAAGCGCGAAUGCGCCACGCACCUAACCUCAAUUAAAAUACCGCAGAAAAGGAAGCCAUACACACAAAAAGGACCGCCACCAUCGCCGCCGCCACCCCCGACCCCGAGCGCCCGCACUCCAAAGAGGAGAGGCAGCCGCCGCCCGAGACGCGCCUCCCCCCCCCGCAUCCACGCGCGCACCCUACCGCCGCCCUCCGCACUCUCAGAACCCUAGCCGCGCGCGCCGCCUCCCUGCCCCAUGGCGGCCACCGCGGCCGCGCCGGGGACCGCGUCGUCCCUGCUCCUCUCCCUGCGCCGCAGCCGCGGCGGCGACUCCUCGUCGUCGUUCCGCGCCGCCGCCCCGCGCUUCCGCUCGCCGAGGUGCGUGCUCGGGAGCGAGCAGCUGCGCGCGGUGGAUGGGGGAAAGCGGACGGGCGGGGUCGAGCAGCGGGGCGCGGUGUGGACGCCGAAGGCGCCCGCGCAGGAGGCCAGGCUCGCGGCGCUGCCAAGGGACGCGCGGGACUCCAGGAUGAAGAUCUUCUCCGGCACGGCCAACCGCUCGCUCUCCCAGGAAAUUGCUGCUUACCUGGGUGUAGACCUCGGCAAGAUCCUCAUCAAAGGCUUCGCCGAUGGAGAAAUUUACGUGCAACUGCAAGAGAGCGUGAGAGGAUGUGAUGUGUUCUUGGUCCAACCAACAUGCUCUCCUGUCAACGAAAACCUCAUGGAGCUCUUCAUCAUGAUUGAUGCAUGCCGGAGGGCUUCAGCACGGUCUAUUACUGUUGUCAUCCCAUACUUUGGGUAUGCCAGAGCAGACAGAAAGGCUCAAGGGCGUGAGGCCAUUACUGCCAAACUUGCUGCAAAUUUACUUACAGAAGCUGGAAGUGACCGUGUCAUUGUGUGUGAUAUUCAUUCUACACAAGCGCUGGGGUACUUUGAUAUUCCUGUGGAUCACAUAUAUGGGCAGCCUGUGAUUCUGGAUUACCUCGCCAGCAAGACAAUAUCUGAAGAUCUUGUGGUUGUUUCUCCUGAUGUGGGUGGUGUUGUCAGAGCACGUGCAUUUGCCAAAAAAUUAUUUGAUGCUCCUUUAGCUAUUGUUGAUAAAAGAAGACAGGGUCACAACAUGUCAGAGGUCAUGCACUUAAUCGGUGACGUGAAAGGGAAAGUUGCUAUCAUGGUUGAUGACAUGAUUGACACAGCAGGGACAAUCACUAGUGCUGCAGCUUUAUUAAAACAGGAGGGAGCUGAAGCUGUCUAUGCUUGUUGUACACAUGCUGUUUUCAGCCCUCCUGCAAUUGAAAGGCUUUCCGGGGGCAUCUUUGAGGAGGUUAUAGUGACAAACUCCAUCCUGCUGCCAGAAGACAAAUGCUUCCCUCAGCUCACGGUGCUUUCAAUGGCAAACCUUGUAGCAGAAACAAUCUGGCAUGUUCAUCGUGAUGGUUCCGUGAGCAGCAUCUUCCAAUAGCAGAUGCACAUCGCCUCAUCUCGUCUUAAGCUUAUGCAGUAUAGAGAAGGGACCUAGUGCCUGUGCUGUUUUCGUAGGGAGUCAAUUUUGGCGGCGAGAUAUAAUAAUGUGGUAGUGCCAAAGAUAUAAUUAAUAAGGCAGUAUUGCCGAUGAUACUGAGAAUGUAGUGUGUCGAGCUCCUGACCCUGCCUCUUGAUGUUGAGGCUCAGUCCUAGUGUAAAAGCAUGACCCAUGCAUGUCACUCGCAUAAUUCUUUGGAUGUUGAGGGAUGUUGUGUUCAUGCCAUCCACACAAUACGGUGAAGACAGUAAUAGCUCCAAUGAAUCACGCUUCGUGUUAUCGGUUUUCUUCA